AUGGAUAAAACCUAUAAGAAUGGUAAAAUUUGGAGCUAUCAAGAGUUUGGAUCCAUCACAUUAGAGCCAUGGUUGAUAUUUGGAGACAGACAAUCAUUUCUUGAUGUGUUCAAGGACUAUUGUGUACAAGAAGGGUUUGGUGUUUAUGUUGAAAAGAGUGACAAAACAAGAUUGAUAGCAAGGUGUGCUAUAGAGAAUUGCAACUGGAGGAUUCAUGCCUCUACAAUGACAGACAAGGUUAGAUGGGCAAUCAAGACUUUGACAGGGGAGCAUAGAAGUUGUGGGAGGUUGGAAAGAAACCCAAUAGUAAGUUCUGAGUGGCUGUGUAGACAUCUGCAGUCAGACAUUGAAGCCAAUCCUGACAUUGCAGUUGAGUCUUUACAAAGAAUCUGUAUGGAAAGGUUUAGGCUUCAAGUCAAGAAAAGGUUGUUGUACAAGGUCAGGGCAAUGUCCAAGGAGAUCAUCCAUGGACAUUUUGGAGAGGCAUACUCACUAUUGCCUAGGUAUGCUGAAAUGGUGAAAGAGACUAACCCAGGUAGUUAUGCUCUUGUGACAUGGAGUGAACCUACUGCAACUGAGCCUCCAAGAUUCAAGGCUUUUGGGAUUGAUGGGAACAAUGAGAUUUUUCUCAUUGCCUAUGGAGUGGUUGGUUCUGAGAGUAUUGACAGCUUGGGCUAUUUUCUGAGGAAUUUGAAAUACCUUUUUGAGAAGGAAGGGUGCAUGAAAGAUGAUUGGACCUUCAUCUUUGACAGAAUGAAGGGUGUUGAUACAACAAUUUAUGAAGCAUUCCCCAGAGCAACUAGAAGAGUGUGUUGCCAACACCUGUACAUGAACUGCAAGGCUAAUGGAUUCAGUGGUUCAGCUUUUCAUAAGCUUUUCUGGAUAGCAACUAAUGCAUACAAUGAACAUAAGUUCGAUCCUGCACUCUGUUGUGACCAUAACACAACAAAUUUUGUGGAGUCUUUCAACUCAUGCACCAAGCCCAACAGAGAUCUACCUGGUGUGAAAAUACUUGAAGCUAUAAGGCAAUGGGGCAUGAAGAGGAUUGGCUCAAGGUUUGACAAAGCCGUAAGCAUGGGGGAUAUGGAGCUGACUGAAUAUGCAGCCAAGAUUCUGCAAACAAGAUCAGAUGAGUCUAGGUUUUGCUAUGCAAUUUUAUGUGGUGGUGAUGAGUUUGAGGUGAGAGACCAACAUGUGCAUUUUCCCAUCAAGCUGAACACUGGCAUUUGUGGUUGUGGGAAGUGGCAACAUUCAGGACUCCCAUGCAAACAUGUACUAAGGGUGAUUUACCACCAGAGGCUGCAACCUGCAGACUUUGUAGCCCCUUGUUUCAAAGGGAAGGCAUACAAGCUAACUUAUGCAGAACAUAUGCACCUAAUGCCUGACCCAACUCAAUGGCCAUCACUGAACCUACCUAACAUACUACCACCAUUGGUUAAAAGAGCUACAGGGUGA